AUGGGUCAGGGAACACCAGGCGGUUUGAACCGGCAAGGUCUUCCGGGGGACCGGAAGCCGGACGGUGGCGAUAAGAAGGAGAAGAAGUUUGAGCCAGCGGCGCCACCGGCUCGCGUAGGGCGGAAGCAGCGAAAGCAGAAGGGGCCAGAAGCGGCGGCCCGGUUGCCGACGGUUACGCCACUCUCGAAGUGUAAGCUGCGGCUGUUGAAGCUGGAGCGCAUAAAGGACUACCUGUUGAUGGAGGAGGAGUUCGUGGCGAACCAGGAGAGGCUGAAGCCGCAGGAAGAGAAGGCUGAGGAAGACAGAUCCAAGGUCGAUGAUCUCAGGGGUUCCCCUAUGAGCGUUGGUAACCUGGAGGAACUCAUCGACGAGAAUCAUGCCAUUGUUUCUUCCUCGGUGGGCCCCGAGUACUACGUUGGUAUCUUGUCUUUCGUCGAUAAGGAUCAGCUUGAGCCUGGAUGCGCUAUUCUGAUGCAUAACAAGGUUCUCUCUGUUGUUGGGCUUCUUCAAGACGAAGUUGAUCCUAUGGUCUCUGUCAUGAAGGUUGAGAAGGCACCUUUGGAAUCAUAUGCUGACAUUGGUGGUUUGGAUGCCCAGAUACAGGAAAUUAAAGAAGCAGUUGAGCUUCCCCUGACACAUCCUGAGCUGUACGAAGACAUUGGUAUCAAGCCUCCUAAGGGAGUCAUUUUAUAUGGAGAACCUGGAACUGGGAAGACAUUACUUGCUAAGGCAGUGGCAAACUCAACAUCAGCAACCUUCUUACGUGUUGUUGGUAGUGAAUUAAUACAAAAAUACUUGGGAGAUGGUCCAAAACUUGUAAGGGAACUUUUUCGAGUUGCCGAUGAUCUUUCCCCAUCUAUUGUUUUUAUUGAUGAAAUUGAUGCUGUUGGUACGAAGAGGUAUGAUGCCCACUCAGGUGGAGAACGUGAGAUUCAGAGGACUAUGUUGGAGUUGCUGAACCAGCUAGAUGGUUUCGAUUCAAGAGGAGAUGUGAAAGUGAUUCUUGCAACCAACAGAAUUGAAAGCCUUGAUCCUGCCCUGCUAAGACCUGGUCGAAUAGACAGGAAGAUUGAAUUUCCUCUCCCUGAUAUCAAAACAAGAAGACGCAUUUUCCAGAUACACACGUCAAGGAUGACAUUAGCCGAUGAUGUCAACUUAGAAGAAUUUGUCAUGACUAAGGAUGAGUUCUCUGGAGCUGAUAUAAAAGCAAUCUGUACUGAAGCUGGCUUACUUGCAUUACGGGAACGGCGAAUGAAGGUGACGCAUGCCGACUUUAAGAAGGCUAAAGAUAAAGUUAUGUUUAAGAAGAAAGAAGGGGUACCAGAAGGACUGUAUAUGUGA